GACUUAGAAAAGCCAAGCCCCACCGAAUACGACCAGAAAAAUUUCCCGAGGCAUAAAAAAGGAUCAAACACAGGAACAAGGACACCAUCUUCACUUAUCUGCUCCUCUCAUAAGGUCGGCCCUGCAAAGCUCCCAAAAUUUCAGCAGAAGUAGCCCAGGUGGGGAGGUUGAGGAAUCGUUAAGAUGAGGUUGUUGAAAGUGGCAACGUGCAAUUUAAAUCAAUGGGCUAUGGAUUUCGAUUGUAAUGUGAAGCACAUCAAAGAGUCUAUUGACGAGGCUAAACGUGCUGGAGCUGUCAUUAGACUUGGCCCUGAACUUGAGAUUACUGGAUAUGGGUGUGAAGACCAUUUCUUGGAGCUCGACACUGUCACUCAUGCAUGGGAAUGCUUGAAGGAUAUACUGUUGGGUCCUUGGACUGAUGGGAUAUUGUGCAGCAUUGGCAUGCCUGUUAUUAAAGACUCCGAGCGUUACAAUUGCCAAGUUCUGUGUUACAAUAGGAAAAUUAUUAUGAUACGCCCAAAGAUGUGGCUUGCAAAUGAUGGGAAUUACCGGGAGCUCCGGUGGUUCACAGCAUGGAAGUUAAAGGACAAACUUGUGGAUUUUCAGCUGCCUAAAGAUAUCUCCGAGGCUCUGUCACAGACAUCUGUGCCUUUUGGCUAUGGAUAUAUUCAGUUCCUAGACGCAGCUGUUGCCGCUGAAGUUUGUGAAGAACUAUUUACACCUAUUCCUCCUCAUGCUGAACUUGCUUUGAAUGGGGUUGAAGUAUUUAUGAAUGCCAGUGGAAGUCAUCACCAACUAAGAAAAUUGGAUGUUCGUCUUCGUGCUUUUAUCGGUGCUACUCAUACUCGUGGUGGAGUUUACAUGUAUAGUAACCACCAGGGUUGUGAUGGUGGCCGCCUUUACUAUGAUGGAUGUGCUUGUGUCGUUGUAAAUGGUGAUCUGGUAGCUCAAGGCUCACAGUUUUCUUUGAAGGAUGUUGAAGUUAUUGUUGCCCAUGUAGAUCUUGAUGCGGUUGCUAGUCUUAGAGGAUCUAUCAGCAGCUUUCAAGAACAGGCAAGCUAUAAAACUAAAGUUCCUUCUGUGGCAGCCCCGUACAGUCUAUGUCAAUCAUUCGACCUCAAAAUUUCCCUUUCAAGUCCACUUGAGAUUAAAUAUCACUGUGCGGAAGAGGAAAUAGCCUUUGGACCCGGUUGCUGGUUAUGGGACUAUUUAAGACGAAGUGGAGCUUCUGGAUUUUUGCUUCCUCUCUCUGGUGGAGCUGAUAGCUCCUCUGUUGCAGCCAUAGUAGGCUGCAUGUGCCAGCUUGUCGUAAAAGAAAUUGCAAAUGGAGAUGAACAAGUGAAAGCUGAUGCAAUACGGAUUGGACAUUAUGCUGACGGAGAGUUCCCAACUGAUAGCAGAGAAUUUGCUAAACGAAUUUUUUAUACUGUAUUUAUGGGUUCUGAAAAUAGCUCUGAAGCGACACGUACAAGAGCAAAGGUCCUAGCACAUGAGAUUGGUUCAUGGCAUCUUGAUGUUUCCAUUGACGGGAUUGUUUCAGCAUUUUUAUCUUUGUUCCAAACACUCACUGGAAAACGUCCACAGUAUAAGGUAGAUGGGGGAUCUAAUAUUGAAAAUUUAGGUCUGCAAAAUAUUCAAGCUAGAAUCAGGAUGGUCCUGGCUUUUAUGUUUGCAUCACUCUUACCUUGGGUACAUAGCAAACCAGGAUUCUACCUUGUUCUGGGUAGCUCCAACGUCGAUGAAGGAUUGCGUGGUUACUUAACAAAGUAUGAUUGCAGUUCAGCAGAUAUAAAUCCAAUUGGAAGCAUCAGUAAGCAGGAUCUUCGAGCAUUUCUUAGAUGGGCUUCCACCCAUCUUUGCUACUCAUCGUUGGCGGAUAUCGAAGCUGCUCCACCUACAGCUGAGUUAGAGCCAAUACGUUCUGACUACAGCCAGUUGGAUGAAGUUGACAUGGGAAUGACUUAUGAGGAGCUCUCAGUGUACGGAAGGCUGCGAAAAAUUUUCCGUUGUGGUCCAGUGUCGAUGUUUAAGAACCUCUGCUACCGGUGGGGAGCUAAGUUAACUCCGUCUGAGGUGGCUGAAAAAGUGAAACAUUUCUUCAAGUAUUACUCCAUCAAUCGACACAAAAUGACCGUACUAACGCCAUCUUAUCACGCCGAGAGCUAUUCUCCGGAGGACAAUCGGUUCGAUCUUCGUCAAUUUCUCUACAAUUCGCGAUGGCCGUAUCAGUUUCGGAAGAUUGAUAAACUUGUAAAAGAGUUGAAUGGAGAUAGUAUUGCCAUCAAAGAAUCAAGUGGUAUGGGGGUCGUAGCAGCAGGCUCAGGGAAUCCCAAUGUUGGACUUUAGUGUUCAGAGGCAUAAAGAACUUUUGAGCCUUUUUUUCCCAUCAAAUUGAAUGCUGAGGAAUUGGAUUUUGUCAUAAUGUCUUUGUUUAUUUGUUUUGAGAAUAAUAAGGAAUGCUUUGUAACUUAAGAAAACAGAAAAUUUCACGUAUGCAGCAGAAGCUGAGAUUAUUGUA